AUAGCUUGUAAAUCUGAAGACUUGAAUCAUGAUAAAUGAAAAAGGGUGAAUUCCUAUAUUUUUCAAUGAAGCCAUCUAAUAUCCUCCGGGGGCCUCUAAUGGUUUCAUCUUGGUAGCGGUGUGUAGAUGUGUACCAUAGAAGCGGUGUGUAGUAUGUACUAUGUACCACAGACAAGAGGCCGAUCGCCCCCCUCUUGAACCACCGACGAUCCAGGAAGAUGACAUUGGAUGGAUUGCUUUCUUUCCGGUGACUGGUCAAACCAGAACAAUUUCUGCCGCACAUGGCUCCUUACCGGUGGCUAGAAAAAACGGCAAGUUCAAAAAUUCCUUUUUGGUGGCUGGUCAAGCCGAACCCAUUUCGAGUAGCAUGAGCAGACACACUGCGGUACGAGUCUACAUUGUUGCAGGGUUAGCGAACAUGAGUGCUUUUAUAUGGCGUGUCUGUUCUUUGUCUCACCCUAGUGUAGUAUUGAACGCUAUGAUUGUAAUGCUUCGACUUUUAGUUGUUAUGUUUCUUGUUAAGAUCUGAUUAUCAAUAAAA